UGAUGAUACUGAUGACAACAUAGAGGUAGUAAUGACAGCUGAUGUCACAGUUGGAGAUAAUCCAGACGGAGAGGACACAAAUAUCAGAGUUUCAUGCAGACUGCUUAUUAAUGACAGUAACAAUGAUGGUGGCGGAGGUGGUGGUGGUGGUAGCAGCAGCAGUGGUGUUAAUGAUUCUGAUGGUGAUGACAACAUAAACGUGGUAAUGGAUGCUGAUAUUACAGUUGGGGAUAACUCAGAUCCAGAAGAGACAAAUAUCAAAGUUUCUAAUUGGCUGCCUGAUGAUGGUAAUGGUGAUGAUGCUAGUGGUAGUAGCAGUAAUGGUAAUGAUGAUGAUACUGAUAACAAACUAGCGUUGGUAAAGGCAGCUGAUGUCAUCGUUGGAGAUAAUUCAGAUGUAGAUGGCAUUAAUAUCAGAGUUUCAUGCAGACUGCUUAAUGAUAAUAAUGGUGGUGGCGGCGGCGGCGGUUGUAGUAGUAGCAGUGGAGAUGGUGAUGACAACAUAGAAAUGGUAAUAACUGCUGAUGUUACAGUUGGAGAUAAUCCAGAUGUAGAUGACACAAAGAUCAGAGUUUCAAAUUGGCUGCCUGAUGAUGGUGGUGGUGGUGGUGGUGGUGGUGGCAGUGGUGCUAAUGAGGAAGAAACAGAAGUGGUAAUGGUGCUGGCUGAUGAUGUUAUAGUUGGAGAUACUUCAAACGUAGAUAAAACAAAUAUCAAACUUUCACACUGGCGGCCUGUGAACGCAGGCAGACAAGAACACAAGAAACUGUCACUUUGA